UUGAAGGGUAUAUAUUAAUUUUCAUACCCCUAAUUAUAUUACUUUAUUUUCAGUCCAUUCGCUCACAAGAUACAAGCACAUGGACAAGUAAAUAGCCUUAGUUGUACCAUACAUACGGUACAACCAGUUCAAUCUAAAAACUUGCCUGAGAUCGAUCACAAUAUACAACUCUGUACCACUCCGUAAUUGAUAUUUUGAUGUAUGCACCCGAGAGCACGUACAUGGUAUGAGGUUGUUCCCCCAAGGCCGUUGGUCAAUAAGAGCCUGUGGUUUCUGUAUGCUGGAAAUGUCAUAAUUACUAAAAGUGGGUUCAAGGCAAUGGCUGCAUCUUCAAUACCAUUGUCAGGCAGCAAAGAAAGUCAGUCUCAGUUUCUUUCUACGUGCAUCGCCCCUGCUGAAGUUGUUAAGGGUUCGAAUCUACAACAACAGAUGUUCUGUCAUCUACUUUGUGGCCUAAGAAAGUUCGAGGUAAUCGAUUCCAUUCGAGCACCAUAUGCUAUAUCUUUGAUUAAGGCCUUCUCAGUUUUACAAAUUAAGUGGGAGCAGCUUUGUAAUGAUCUUGAAUCAGGGACUGUAAGUUCUGAAAUUACUGACAUUGCAAUGAGGGACUCAGUUAAUGAACUUCUCUGUGGGCCUGAGGAAAAAAUUGCGAAUAGAGUUCGAGCAAUUUGUCAAGAAGAGAAUUGGGAAGGAGUUAUUGGUAAGUUAUGGCCAAAUGCUAGAUAUGUCAGGUGUAUUACUACAGGAAGUAUGCAACAGUAUUACACGAAACUGAAAUAUUAUGCAGGAGAUGUUCCAUUGCUAGGUGGUGAGUAUUUUGCUUCAGAAUGUUGUGUAGGCAUCAACAUGGAUAUUAUGCAACUUCCUGAGCUGACUCGUUUCGUUAUGCUCCCAACAGCAGCUUACUUUGAAUUUCUUCCAUUCGAUUUGUACGAUAAAAAUGCUUUUGCAGGAAAAGAAACAGUUGAUUUUUCUGAGGUGGAAGUGGGAAAGAUGUAUGAAGUUGUUGCGACAACUUACAGAGGACUAUAUCGUUAUCGUCUAGGCGAUGUUGUAAAAGUCGUAGGAUUUUAUAAUUCAUCCCUGAAUUGGAGUUAGUCAUGAGGGCUCCUAAAAAUCCUAGCGAAAUUUUAACUGAGAAAGACUUGUUUAGAGCUGUUCAGAACUUGGAGCUUGCAGGGGGGAGUUUGUUACUUGGGAAGUUAGUAGAGUUUGCGGGUUUUAUGGACUUGGAUUCAGAAGCUAAACAAGUUAAGAUCUUUGUUGAGUUUGCACACGAGUGUAUACUUCCAGAAAAGGAGAAGGAGAACGAGUCAGUUUUGCUUCUUGAAAGUUGUCGGUCUACUAUAGAAGAUGGUUUGGGAGCUAUGUAUAAAUUGAAGAGAGGAAAUGGUGAAAUCGGAACUUUGGUGCUAUCAGUUGUUCAGCCGGGUACUUUCGAUUUGUUACUCCACAAGGCUGUUGAAAAUGGUGCUCCUGCUAGUCAGUAUAAGCCACCUAAAAUCAUUAGAAGUCAUGGGAUUGCUGACUUCAUGGAUGCUAAUUCAGCUUUAACUGUAGUUUUCAAUUGAUCAUCAACAAGAGGUGCAUACAUUUUAAUCAUUACAAUCUGUGUAUUUGACGAUUUGUGAAUCUAUGUGUUAUACAUGUUUAUUGUUGUUGUAAUUUGACUUUCUAAUUAAAUUCCUUUUUCU